AUGUCCGACGUCCCACCAACCCAGUCCAUUCCCAAACCAGAAGAACCUAAAGAACCACAACAGUCUCCUCAGCAACCUCAGUUCCAGCAAGUAUCUCCGAAUUACUACCAAUUUCCACCUCAAGGUUACUACCCACCACAAGGCUUCCCGAACUACCCUCCUCAGCCUAUGCCUUACUGCCCCAACCCUUGGUUGUUCCAGCAAUUCCAAUCUCAAUCCAAAUCGAAGAGAGACCAAGAGUUCGAAGAAGGUCUGAACCGCUUACGCAAAGAGUAUGCUACAGCUCCAAUUGAGAGAAAGUUGUUCCCGGACCAAAAAAUAAUGUUUAGGUGA